AUGCCUGCCUCUGAAACCGGUGAGCUGCGAAUUAUUGCAAAUCCACGUCAAAGUUAUCUCAAAUGUCACAUGGAAUCAUCGAUGGCGAAAGGAAAAUCUACCUCAACCCCAAUGACAUGCAACGACGUGACAACGAAAAAGAAGAAUUCGCCUUACAUAAAGUCGAUGCGGUUCUCGGCUUUAGUCUCAUCCGGUGAACGCAAACCACGUGAAAUCGACAUUCGUACAACUGUCUACAAGAAAAAGGAUUUCAUCUAUCAACUACGCAUGAAAUCAUCGCGAGCAUUCUUAUCCGAAGUGGAAAAACGUUUCACAUUGAUGCCAUUUACAUUAAGACACUUCGAAGAUGAAAAACGAGCACGAAUGGGUGUUAUCGAAUGUGCCAAGCAUGAUCUCGUCGAACCGUAUCCAGUAUACCAGGAAAAAGAAGGAGAAUUCGUUCUGGGAUUGAAACUCACUGUAUUAUUGAUGCCAAGUGGACAAAUGAAGAUCACCGGUUUACCAAUUGAUCUUGAUCUAUAUGAAUCCGAGUACAAAGUCACUGAUAGUGACAUUAAACAGCUGUUGACAAGUUCAACUCAAAAGAAGAAGAAGAAAGGCACUGGCAAUUCAGGAACAGGUGGCAACGCCAUUGAGAUGAUGGACGCAGUCGAAGACGAUGGCAAGGAAGAUUUUGAAGAUGAACCCGAACAACCGGUGAAGAAAACCGCAAGCCAGAAAGCCAUACCAGCGAAAAGCGAAUCUUAA